AUGAAGUCAAAAGUUGAUGCUGAAGUGCAAUACAGUGCACCGGAAGAAGAACCCUCACUGGAAGAAAAACGGCGCGAUACUCAAAGGAAUCAUACCCACGUAGCGGAUAGGGAUUCCGCAACUCCGCAUAUUCACAAUCAUCAGGAAUUUCAGUUAGGUGUGCAGAAGGCACUUGCCUUGAGGAAGGCAUGGUCGCAUACCACUUUAGCCAUCGCGUUUUCCAGUCUCUUCGUUACUACCUUGAUCAUUACUUUCUCCGAUUAUUCCGGCAUGUUGGUAGAGCCAUAUGUCACCAGCUCAUUUAAGACGCACUCUGCUAUGAGUGCCGCGCAUGUCGUUGUAAACAUCACGCGCAUCAUCGCAUAUCCGGUUAUUGCAAAACUUAGCGAUGUAUUCGGACGAGCCGAGAUGUUUGCAUUUUCCAUCUUUUUCCAAACACUUAGCUACAUUCUCUUUGCCACCAGUCAGAAUAUCGGAAACUAUUUUACAGCUGGACUAUUUGAUGCGGUAGGGUCGACUGGAUUCGGCCUGACGCAGCAAGUUUUCAUUGCAGACUCUACCAGCUUGGUCAAUCGUGCAUUUUGGUCGACUUUACCGGAGACCAUCACAACUCUACCCGCUCUCUACCUCGGAUCGGUCAUGGGAGAAAGCUUCUUGAAAAACACGAGCUGGAGAUGGGCAUUUGGCACGUGGGCAAUUGUUGUGCCAAUUGUAUCCAUCCCCUUGAUUGGUAUUGUAAUGAUCCUCCAACGCCGUGCAAGGAAGCAAGGACUGCUGUCACGUCGUCGAGCGGCUGACGUUGGGACCGAGCUAGAUGUCUCCAAGUGGAAACAAGUGUAUCUACUUAUAUGGACUGAGAUCGACUUGCUAGGUUUACUUCUUCUGGUGGCUGGAAUGUCGCUCAUUCUGAUUCCGCUUUCUUUGACUGGGUCUUUGAACCCUAACAGAUGGAAGGAAGGAUCAUUCAUCGCCAUGAUUGUUGUUGGCGCCAUACUCUUCGCCUCAUUUGUUGUCUGGGACGUCAAGUUUGCAAAGAGACCAUACAUCCCUGCUCGGUUGGCAAACCGAACUGUGAUUGCUGCCUGUCUAAUUCAAGUUUUCGACUUCAUGGAGUACAGUCUGUUUACAAUCUUUUUUUCAAGCUAUUUGCAGGUCGCUGGUCACUACUCGCCGGCGCACGCGACGCGCAUAGAUAACUCGUUACGGGUGGCCUUUCAGGUCAGCGGACUUUUUGUCGCCAUUGGCAUGAAAUACACGAGAAAAUCAAGAAUGUGGGCUCUCAUGGGUCCGCCUCUGGUUAUUGUCGGACAGGGUGUUAUGAUUUAUCUCGUCAACCCGGGCGCGAAUACGAGGACCAGCGAGGCUGCAUUUGUCACUUGUAAAGUCAUAUCAGGUGUAGGACGAGCUCUUUUCCAGACAGCUGCCCAGGUAUCCGUGCAGGCUGCCGUGUCUCAACAGGAGGUUGCUGUUGCGACUAGUCUUUUCCAGGCCGGGAACAGCGUUGGCGCCGCAAUUGGAACAAGUGUAUCUGGAGCGAUAUGGCGAAACACUUUGCCUGAUAAGCUGUUGAAAUAUCUCCCGGACGGCGACAGGUCCAAAGCAAUGAGUAUUUUUCAGUCUAUUGUGACGGCGAAAAAAUACGAAAUUGGGAGUCCCGUUCGCUUAGCUAUUGAUCGGAGCUUCCGUGAAUCUCAGAUGCUUCUCGCCAUUGUUGCAACGGCCCUGUGCGUACCAAACUUGGGUAUCAUGUGGUUCAUGAAAAGUAUUUCCUUAGAGAAUGAGAGCAGAGAGAAAGUCAACCAAGAGUUGGCAGAAAACGAGGAAGAAGCAGGAAGAACAGAUGGUAUGGCAAGGCUACCCAUUAAAUAG